ACACAGUUACUGUAUGAGCUGCAUUAAGAGCUGCUGGGAUCAGGAAGAUCAUGCUGGAGUUUACAGCUGCCCCCAGUGCAGACAGACCUUCAUACCCAGACCUGUUCUGGGCAGAAACACCAUGCUGGCUGAAGUGGUGGAGAAACUGAAGAAGACUGGACUACAAGCAGCUGCUCCUGCUGACCAGUAUGCUGGACCUGGAGAUGUGGAGUGUGACGUCUGUACUGGGAGAAAACACAAAGCUGUCAAGUCCUGCCUGGUGUGUCUGGCCUCUUACUGUGAAACUGACCUGCAGCUUCACAACAAACUCCACCAUGCAAAACAGCACAAGCUCAUUGAUGCCAUCGGCCAUCUGAAGGACAUGGUCUGUUCCAACCAUGACAAACCCCUGGAGGUCUACUGCCGUACCGACCAGCAGUGUAUCUGUUAUCUCUCUACGAUGGAUGAACACAGAGGCCAUGAUACAGUCUCAGCUGCUACAGGAAGGGCGGAGAUACAGAAACAAAUGGGUGAAAUACAGAGGGAAUUUCAGCAGAGAAUUCAGAUGAGAGAGAAGGAGCUGCAGGAGCUGAGAGAGGCUGUGGCCUCAAUCACUAGCUCAGCACAGUCAGCAGUGGAGGACAGCGAGAGGAUCUUCACUGAGAUGAUCCGCUCCAUUGAGAGAAGACGCUCUGAGGUGACAAAGCUGAUCAGAGAUCAGGAGAAGGCUGCAGUGAGUCAGGCUGAAGGAGACAUGGACAGACUGAAGCAGGAGAUCGAUGAACUGAAGAGGAGACACUCUGAGCUGGAGCAGCUUUCACACACAGAAGAUCACAUCCAUUUCCUCCAGAGGCGCCAGGCUCUUCCUGUCACUCCUGAAGCUGGAUUUGGACCCAGAAUCUCUGUCAGUCCCAGAUCUGAUUUUGGGAAUUUGAGGAAGGCGGUUUCUGAACUGAAAGAUCAACUGGAGAAUUUUUGCAGAAUGAAAAUGGCAGAGAUCCAUCACCAGUUACCAAAGACACCGUCCUACCAGUAUUAGUGCCCAGGACCAGAGCAGAAUUCUUACACUACUCCUGCCAGCUGACGCUGGACCCCAACACAGCAAACAGACGCCUGUCUCUGUCAGGGGGGAACAGGAAGGUGACAGGGGGGGCAGAGCAGCCAUAUCCUGAUCAUCCAGAGAGAUUUGACAGCUGCCCCCAAGUUCUUUGCAGAGAGAGUCUGACUGGCCGCUGUUACUGGGAGGCUGAGUGGGAUGGAGAUGCAGCCUGGAUAGGAGUCACUUAUAAAGGGAUCAGGAGGAAAGGAGAGAGUUAUGACUGUGGGCUUGGAUACAAUGACAAGUCAUGGAGUCUGUGCUGUAAUACUGACAGUUACUCUGUCCGGCACAAUAAUAAACAGACUCUCAUACCCAUACAGCCCUCAGGCUCCCGCAGAGUAGGAGUGUAUCUGGACUGGGGGGCUGGUGCUCUGUCCUUCUACAGAGUCUCCUCUGAUGGACUGACCCCCCUGCACAGACUCACCUCCUCAUUCACUGAGUCCCUCUAUCCAGGGUUUUAUGUUUAUAUAAACUCCUCAGUGUCACUCUGACGUGUUGCUGGUUCUCCUGGCAAAAAGGUCAAAUCUCUGCUUUUUAACCUUUAUUAUCCUUUUUACUCUGAAAUGUACAGAACUGUGCAAAAGUCUUAGGCAGACAAAGAAAAUGAUGUUUAGAUUAUCUUCCUGUUGGUGUAAAACUAUGAUACGAUGCCUGUCAAAGUGUGUCAGCUUCGCCAUUUCAGAACCUCUGCUAAAAUCAUCCUAGUAUUUGCAGCGACCGUCCAGUGCAGCCAUGUAUUUUUUGACUUGGCCGCUAGCAGACCUCAUACAGCUAGUCAAUCUCUCACUGACUUUUUAAACCGAUAUAUUUAAUUAUUUAACUGAGCUGUUGGUGAAAUUGAACAAAAUCAUGGAACGGCUGAGGUGCCCCUGAGGAGAAGUUUGGGAACUGAAGCGGUGUUCAUCUAGCCAUCCAACUAGAUAUCAGUAACUUUUUAGAAAACAGAAGAAAUUAUUACUAGUUUUUAUUGUGUUACUCUUAAUUUGCACACGUUCUAAUGUUAAAUUGUGUAUUUUGUUCUAAGCCAAAGUACACUUGCUACCCAGAUAAACAGCUUUAAACAUUUCUUUGGACUGCCUAAGACUUUUGCAAAGUACUGUGUUUGACAAAAAAUAAAUGACUGUCUUCAGUGAGCUGAAUAACAUCAAAAAUAUAGUUUAAUAGUUUUUUUCUUUGACUAAAAUGUAAUUAAAUGUAAUCCUGAUUGGGGGGGGGGCUUUCCCUCUCCCCUGUAUAUGUACAUUUUAUAUAUUUAUGUCCAUUUACUGUAUUUCCUCCCUGUACAGUGACAAUAAAGGCUUUCUGUUCUGUCCUA